AUGGAAAGGGAAAGUCCGAGCCGGAGGAAGCAGAAGAGGAAGAAGAAGAAGAAGAAGAAGAAGAAGAAGAAGAAGAAGAAGAAGAAGAAGAAGAAGAAGAAGAAGAAGAAGAAGAAGAAGAAGAAGAAGAAGAAGAAGAAGAAGAAGAAGAAGAAGAAGAAGAAGAAGAAGAAGAAGAAGAAGAAGAAGAAGAAGAAGAAGAAGAAGAAGAAGAAGAAGAAGAAGAAGAAGAAGAAGAAGAAGAAGAAGAAGAAGAAGAAGAAGAAGAAGAAGCAAAGGACGCCACACAAACGUGCGGGCAUAAUAGAGGGACAUGAGGGCAGAUGA